CUUCAGGCUUCACAUCCGGGUCAUCCGCCAGGAUCUGUCUCCUGCGUCGGUGUCUGACAGAGUAGAACUGUUUCUUCGGCCGCCGCGCCGUACUGCAGCUCUCUGCCGGACCGCUCGGCUCGCAGAGCGGACACUGCGCUUAGCGUGCACCGGUGAUGAUGGAGCCCGGAGCGCCGUGAAGCUGCAGCCGCUCGCACAAAGGCAGGGAUGAGUCGGUAGGAGGCUCCUUGUAUGGGUUAGCCCGUGGUGAUCCAAUUCGCCUAAAACGAUGUCGAAGAGCCUCAAGAAGAAAAACCACUGGACCAACAAAGUCCACGAAGCGGUGAUAAGCCGGGGGAAGGAAGGGGAGCUGGGGUUCGAGCUGAAGGGGGGCGCGGAGAACGGCCAGUUCCCCUACUUCGGCGAGGUGAAGCAGGGGAAGGGACUGAUCCAGAACGGAAAACUGGCUCAAGAUGAGCUGCUGCUGGAGGUCAACGACAUGCCAGUGGCCGGGCUCACCACCCGGGACGUGCUGGCCGUGAUUAAACACUGCAAAGACCCGGUGCGCUUCAAAUGUGUCAAACAAGGGGGGGUAGUUGACAAAGAUUUGAGGCACUACCUCAACCUGCGCUUCUCCAAAGGCUCAGUGGACCACGACCACCAGCAGAUCAUCAGAGACAACCUCUACCUCCGCACUGUUCCCUGUACCACCAGGCAGCCAAAGGAGGGGGAGGUGCCUGGGGUGGACUACAGUUUUGUGAGCGUGGAGCGUUUUAUGGAACUGGAGCAAAGUGGAGCCCUGUUAGAGAGUGGAACCUAUGAAGAUAACUUCUACGGCACACCAAAACCUCCAGCGGAGCCGUCCCCGGCAGCCCCUCCUCUGAAUGUGAGUGAAGCCCUGCUUCCCGGAGCCCGGCCGAGCGCCCAGGGCAAGAGAAAGAGGAACCAGUCAGUAAGCAACAUGGAGCAGCGCACCAGCCUGGAGCCACCUGAGGAGGAGGAAGAGGAGAUCCCAGUCGUCAAUGGCAACGGGGUCGCAAUCACACCAGAGUCGAGUGAGCAUGAGGACAAGAGCACAGACGCCUCUGGGGAGGUAGCGGUUGAAGGGUCCAGCCAGGCCCCAGCAUCAUCCGAGCCUGCAACUGAAGGGGAGGAGGCCACACAAUCUCCCUCCAAAUCCCCGUCCAAAGUCCCGGACGUAGACGUGGAGGAGCUGGGUCCCCUGCCUGACAACUGGGAGAUGGCCUACACUGAGAAGGGAGAAGUUUACUUCAUAGAUCACAACACCAAAACCACGUCGUGGCUCGAUCCUCGACUCGCAAAGAAAGCAAAGCCGCCGGAGGAGUGCAAGGAAGACGAGCUGCCGUACGGCUGGGAGAAGAUAGAUGACCCCAUCUACGGCAGCUACUAUGUAGACCACAUCAAUCGAAGGACUCAGUUUGAGAAUCCCGUUCUGGAAGCUAAGAGGCGUCUGGAGCAGCAAAGACAGAUCCAAAGCCAGGGCCUCUCUGCUCUGCCUUUACCUACAAUAUAUAGAGAAAAGCCGUUGUUCACCAGGGAUCCGACCCAGCUGAAGGGCACCUUCCUGUCAACAGCCCUGCAGAAGAGCAACAUGGGAUUCGGGUUCACAAUUAUUGGAGGUGACGAGCCCGAUGAGUUCCUGCAAGUGAAGAGUGUCAUCCCAGAAGGACCUGCUGCCCAGGACGGGAAAAUGGACACAGGGGAUGUUAUUGUCUACAUUAAUGAUAUCUGUGUGCUCGGUACCACUCAUGCCGACGUCGUGAAGCUGUUCCAGUCUGUUCCCAUCGGCCAGAGCGUCACCCUUGUGCUCUGUCGAGGAUAUCCUCUGCCCUUUGACCCAGAGGAUCAGAGUGCUGCAGCAAGCACCUCCCUCACACCCAUCGGCCUAGAACACCGUCCACUUGUGGUGAAUGGCCGAGGUAGCUAUGACCCAUACCUGGAGUACCUGUCUUUGAGCUCGCAGCUUCCUCCUCAAGCUUUGGCCCAGGCUGGAGUCUCUCACCCCGGAGACACACACCUGGACGGCUCGUCCCUGCCUCCCACCACGCCCGGCUCAGCGUCGGCACACACACCUCGUGAAGAUAACGUGUCAAUGGCCUCCUCUGGGACUCCAGGUGUUGGCGGGACAACUGGACCAGGUGCAGAAUUGCUAACUGUCACCAUGGUGAAAGGCGCUGAAGGAUUUGGGUUCACUAUCGCCGACAGUCCAACUGGUCAGCGAGUUAAACAGGUGUUGGAGCCAGGCUCACAGGGAGCAUCGGGGCUGAUAGAAGGAGAUCUGAUCCUGGAGGUGAACCAGCAGCCAGUAGCUGCAGCGGGACACGGACGAGUGGUGGAGCUGCUCAAAGACUGUCCUGUGGGAGUGGAGGCGACGCUUCUCAUCCAGAGAGGAGGAACAGGCCACAUCUCUCCAUGGAAGGCCUCCAAACAGGGUAGCCCCCAUACUAACCUAUCAGGUCCCGUCUUACCGCCUGGAACGCCCUUCCCAAAUCAGCCCCAACACCGCACAUCUGUGCCCGACUCCACAGAAGGCUUCGACCUCAACAAACCUGACCCUUAUGAUCUCUACGAGAAGUCCAGGGCCAUCUACGAGAGCAGGCGUCCUGAAUACGAGGAGGUGGAGGUGCACCUGCUGAGGGAGAAGACAGGGUUCGGCUUUCGCAUCCUGGGGGGAGACGAGGCCGUGCAGGCUGUGAGUCCGGACGCCCGUGACAAGAUUGUUAUUGGCGCUAUAAUAGAGAACACUCCUGCUGAGCGUGAUGGGCGGCUACGACCUGGGGAUGAGCUGAUUUCAGUGGAUAAAAACGUGGUUGCUGGGAAACCGCACAAAUACGUAAUAGACUUGAUGCACUCGGCCGCUCGCAACGGUCAAGUCAGCUUAACUGUGAGGAGGAGAGUGCAAAUGCCAGGAGACCAUUGUCCGGUGAACGGCCGUAGCCCCGGCUCGGUGUCGACUCAGCACAGCUCUCCACGUAGCGAUGCAGCCUCUGCACCUAACCCAUCGGCUGCCACCAUCUCUGUUGUCACCUCACCUCCAGAGGGGUCUGCCGUUCAAACCAGUGAUGUGGUUAUAAACCGCAAGGAGAACGAGGGCUUCGGCUUUGUCAUCAUCAGCUCCCUGAACAGGCCCGAGAACGCCACGGUCAUCACUGUUCCCCAUAAAAUCGGACGCAUCAUUGAGGGAAGUCCUGCAGACAGGUGCGGGAAACUGAAGGUGGGAGACCGGAUCCUGGCUGUAAACGGACAGUCCAUCAUCAGCAUGCCACAUGCAGACAUCGUCAAGCUCAUUAAAGAUGCUGGACUAACGGUCACGCUGCACAUCAUUCCAGAGGAAGGUUCCCAAUCUGGACCCAGCUCAGAGAAACAAAGCCCCAUGACCCAGAAACACAGCCCCCAGACCCAGCCCAGUCCUGUAGCCCAGCCAGGCCUAGGAGGCACCCAGUCAGGCCAAAUGGCUCCUCAGCCAGGCCUAGCGUCCUUGCAACCAUGUCAAACAGCGGCCCAACCUGGCCAAACACCAGCUCUAAUUAACCAAAUUGUGACAGGGCCUCCUGCACCAGCAGCCUCCCAGCCUGCGUCAGCUGGAUCCCAGCAGAGCCCGGUCACCCAGCCCUCGGGCCUCCCCCCACAGCUCUACCUCCAUGACGGCAGGUUAGACGACACAAAGAGGGAUGCUCUUGUUUGGUCAGAGGUCAAAGCCAGGCAGGAUGUUAAACCGGACUUCCGUCAUCCUACGUUCACCGACUACAGGCAGCCUCCAGUUGACUACCGCCACCCACCGGUGACUGAUUACCGCCAGCCGCCAACUCUGGACUACCGACACCCGCCCGGCCUGCUGGACUUCAGACAGCAUCCUGCAGCAGCACAGUUUCCUUUGGGAAUCCCUCCAGACUUCCGACCACAGGACUAUGAUUAUUUCACCGUGGAGUUGGAGAAAAGCACCAAAGGUUUUGGUUUUAGUAUUCGUGGGGGCAGAGAAUACAGCAUGGACCUGUUUGUGCUGCGCCUCGCAGAGGACGGUCCUGCCAUACGCAAUGGAAGGAUGAGGGUCGGGGAUCAGAUCAUCGAGAUUAACGGCGACAGCACUCGGGACAUGACUCACGCCCGUGCUAUUGAACUCAUAAAGGCGGGAGGCAGGCGGGUCAGGCUGCUGCUGAAACGAGGCACUGGACAGGUGCCAGAUUAUGACUGUGCCGGCCCCUGGGAUUCCCUUUCUACAACCCACUCUGCCCUGCAGGAAGUGACACUGGAACCUCAUGUGAGUCCAUUGCCCUCAUCCCAUCCAGCUUCAGCCCCAGACUCCCCUCAUCGACUCCAUCUGGAGGCCAAAGUGUGCGCGGCAGACAAAGCUCCACUGCUGCCAGACCACAGCUCUGUCAGAAGGGCCACAGGUGGCAGGUCCACCGAGCAAAAAUGCAUCAUCAGGGGGCAGGGGGCCCCUCAGGGCUCUGGAGAGGUAAACCGUGGGCCUGGUGAAAUGCAGCCUCGGGUGUUGCCUCCCAAAGCUGUGGUGGGCCGGUGUAAUGAGAGGAGAGAGAUUUGCUCCCCCUGCUGUGAGAGAAAGGGCCGACAAACGCAAGCGAGGAGCUCUGGCUCGCCGUGGGAUCCGUAUGUUAUGGUGAAUCUGAAUGGAGCAUCUCUGGAAGGAGGAGAUGGACAUGUGAGCCUACAGGAGAGGCUGAUGUCCAGAAGUCCAUUCACCAGAGAAGACGAAAAAAACAGUGGCCAAAGUGGGUUUCGCUGCCCUUUGAAAACCCUCGAAGAUCCUCCUGCGAGGAGCGCAGCCGCCUUCCCGGGACCCUGGAACCUCCCCAGCUCUGACAAACUGCCUGGCACCUUAAGGUUCUACCUCCACGGCGAGCAGGUAGAAUGGAUCCUUUAGGUUUGGGCUGGAUCUGAAUUGGGUUCCACAUUUGAAAAGCAUCUCCGUUGGCCUCUGUGUCCUGUUUUCUUAUCCAUCUCUUGUUUCAUUUAGACAUUAGAGGAUUUUUACACCCACCACCUUAAAGAACACAGGAACUCCAAAAGGAUGAACCCAAAAGUGACCCUCACAUUCAGAGCAAAAAUCCCUCCUUUUUAAACAUGGAGCAUUGCACCUUUAACUACUCAUCUGCAUCUGGCUUAGACUGAUUAAUGCAUCGCAGCUCAACGCUGCAAACACAGACUCAUACAAGCGGUGGAGGCUGUGACACCGGAGUUCCACCUUAAGUCACAGCCCUACGUGCGUUAGCAUUCCUAUCAAUAUAUUACAUCCUGUAAAUGUAAAGAUGUGAAAAUUAUGUACAUUUGGUAAACUCAAAAACACACCAAUGUGGUGUUUUUGAGGCAGUGUUGUAGUUAGAUUGUAUAAAGUUUAAAGAAAAGAAAAGACAGAAAAACAGCCCUGGACAGAAUUUCAGAGUCCCUGUUUCCAUGGCCUUGUUCAUAAUAACAUAUCAGAGACCAUCUCCAAACCUGGAACGCUGAACCUUCAUCCUUCUGAGGAAGAUCACCAUGAGAAAAUCAUCCUUGACAUUAAAACGAGCCAAACCAGAUCAUUUUUAUCCUCAUAACCUUCAAAUGACAGAACAGGUGGCGUAUUAAGAACUGGUGCUGCUCCUCUGAGUUACACACCUGAUCAGUAGUCGACCAUGCAGUCAUUGUGCAGAGUUACGAGCCGCGUGUGUUCAUUCAACGCUCAACAGGAAAACUUUGUCCAGUCUCCUAUUUCUAUGCCUUUUACUGUGCUAAAGUGUACCACAUCACUGUGGGAGAGGGGGAGAGGAGGCGGAGGGUUAUGAGCUGAGGCGGGAGUGCCUUACUCAAACUAAUGCAGAGCUGAUGUGAUUUGUUUCUGGGAACCCGGCGAUCAUGCACUCGUCAGUAGACGGCCGAGUUGUGGGGCCCGUUCUUCUUCAGACGUAACGCCAAGCAGCACAUAAACACCUCUGUGCACUCUGAGCUGCAACAGCUCUGGGUGCUACAGGAGGGGAUAAAAUGUAGCGUGUAGCAUCACACCCUCUUAAAUUAAUGUAGAGCUUUGUUUUAAAUGGACAAGGUAAUUAGCAGAGUGGAUCACAGUUACCUGACUUUUUAGUCUGAUCUGUAAGGGAAGUUUGCCAGAGCUCACAUUACCUGGAUCCAAGGAGAUCAGAGAUACAUAAAAUCCCUAAAGUUUAGGUUUAAUCACAAAAUCGUGGACGUGGCUGAGGUUAAAGCGAGGUGCUAUUAAAGCGAGGUGCUAUUAAGCUGAGACACUUGUGAAGUAGAAGCUCUCCUGGCUGACAUUUUGUUCCUCAAGCAAGAUUAAUAAGAAAAGGAAUCCACCACUGGAGCAUUUGGAGGACAAGAUGAUGCAUUGUGACAAUGUCUGCUGGUAUCAUGUGGAGUUUUGUUCUGGAACACUAAAACUAACUCAACACCAGGACUGACCUCAGAGAAACAUGGUCUGGAUGACUCCCAGCUGAGCGAACUGUGGUCCAUGUGGAAAACCAGUAACCAGAUCAGCGAAGAGCACGACGUCAUGCCAUUAGGCCGUAGAGAUGCGUUUCCUGUAUGUACAAAUAAUCAGCACCUAGAGAAGCUGAGAGAGCGCAUCAUCCAGCCCUCUGUCUCCAUCCGGACCACAACCCCCCCCCCCCCCCCCCCCCCCCCCCCUGUGACUGGUUUUGUACACAAAAACAAACAAAAGAAAAAUACCUGCUUCUUUGAACCUGUGAAGGAAGGCACAUUCACACACCCCCAUUGAGCUCAAGUAUAACUGUGUAGUGUUUAAUUGUGUAAUAUUCACCUUGUACAGCUGUAUUCCUACAAAUAUGGUUUACUGUAUCAUUGAUACUGUAGUUUCAAAGACGUGAACAACUAUUUUUAUGAAAUGCGACAGUACUGAUAUAUUACAUUUUGCUAAAAAAAAUGAAUAAAUAACUUGUUUACUGAAAGAUAUUCUGAAAUACUGUCAAAUAAACUCUUGACAUAGUGUAAAAUA